CAGUCCUGGAUUUAGCCUGUGCGUUGCUUGGUGACACCCAAAGCUUGACAGAUUGGUUUGUUUCGGAAAUAUUUUCGUUGGCUAAGAAGAAAGAAAAUAUAACCUGUUAAACUUUGAGUGAAACGUAAACUGAAGCUGACUGAUUCAAAGACACAAGAACUUCUCCAGACCUGCUUAAGAGACAAGAGGAGGGCACAUACAGAAGGAAGGGAGGAAUAAAACGAAAGAAAGAGGCAAAAAUGACUUGGAGCUGUGUGGGAAGUAAUGGGAGGAGCUUGCGAAGUAUAAACUUGGAUGUUUCCUAGCAGUGGAGAGCCUCGGCACGGUAAACGAUGCCAAAAGUAAAUGAAGAGGACGAAUGCACCGUCGCGUUAACAGAACAUUUGGCGGCUCUUAUGUAAAGUUCAGUGUUGUGGAAGAUCCGCGGGACGUGAGCAGCUCAGGAACCGACGCUGGGAUCAACUGUUCGGGUGCACUGGAGCUGGACUCGGUGUGGCAUGCGUGGAUCUUCAGACACUCCUGCAUACGCCAAUAACACGCUGUCGUGCUAAUAGAAAGAAAGCGAACAUUCCUCGUAAGAUGAUCUGCUUAUUGUUUUUGCACCUCUGUGCUGCCGGCGUGUUGUCGUCUUCCACCCAGGUGGCUACAAUCUACCCUCAAGACCCCGCCCUGCUCAUCGGCUCCAGCCUGACAGCAACGUGUUCGGUCAAUCCAGACCACGGCAUCCAUGCAGGCUCGCUCUACUGGACGCUGAACGGCAAGCGUCUUCCCAGCAGCACCUACAGCAUCUUAAGCCCCACUGUGAUCAGUGUCACCCUGCCCAGGCUCUCAGGGUCCCGUCAGCGCUCUGGAGACAACCUUGUAUGCCAUAACGGUGGAGGUCAUGUGCUGGCCGGCUCCUGCAUCUACGUUGGCAUGCCUCCUGAGAAGCCUGUGAAUCUUACCUGCUGGUCCAGGAACACUAAAGACCUCACCUGUAGAUGGGCCCCUGGGGGCCAGGGGGAAACCUUCAUCAAGACAAAAUACACACUCAAAUAUAAGCUCAGGUGGUACGGACGGGAGAAGGAGUGUGAGGACUACAGCACGGGAGAACCAUACACGUGCUACAUCCCCCGCGACCUCGCCCUCUUCACGCCCUAUGAGAUAUGGGUGGAGGCGUCCAACCAACUCGGAACCGCAACGUCUGACGUCAUCUACCUGGAUAUCUUAGACGUGGUGACGACAGAUCCACCGACUGAUGUGACGGUGAGCCGAGUUGGAGAUCUGGAGGACCAGCUGACCGUGCGCUGGGGGACACCGCCGGCACUCAAAGACUUCCUAUUUCAGGCCAAAUACCAAAUCCGAUACAGACUGGAGGAAAGCAGCGACUGGAAGGUGGUGGAUGAUGUUGGAAACCAGACUUCCUGCAGGCUGGCAGGGUUGCGGCCGGGCACAGUGUAUUUUGUGCAGGUGCGCUGUAAUCCGGUGGGGAUUCUGGGAUCUAGGAAAGCAGGCAUUUGGAGCGACUGGAGUCACCCAACUGCAGCCUCAACACCACACAGUGAGCGGUUGUUGACAGGGUCAUGCGACUCGAAGGCCGGACAGCAGAACUCAACGCUACGGCGGGAUUUAAAGCAGUUUUUCGGCUGGGUGCGCAAACAUGCUUACGGUUGUAGCGGGAUGAGCAUCAAACUUUAUGAUCAGUGGAGGGUCUGGCUGCAGAAAUCUCACAAAACUCGCAACCAGGUAGGUUCUUCAAGGAGAUAAAUCAUAGCACGUCGCUGCUGGCAGGCAGAAAGAACACUUAACAACAACAGCACACUGUGGAAAAAACUCACAUUUUCCAGACCGCUGCUUGACUCAGUGCAGGAAAGUUAAAGUACAGCUGGACUCACAAACGGGAUGUUCAAACAACAAAAGGUGACGGGCAUUUGGGGCUCUUGGACACAGAUUUCAUUGUGCGGUUCGCUAAAAUGCCUUAUAAUAACAAAAACAAACGGUUAAAUGUUUUUCUUUGACAUUAGCCAUGAAGAUCUGGUGGACUAUAUCCUCGCAACUCGCAAUCCGUGAAGAUUUUUUGACCAUGUCGAGGAAGCAAUUAAUUAAAGGUCAUAAUUUGCACAUGUUUAAUAAGGAUGACUUCGAUGUGACACAUGGUCUGAACGCGGACACGUGGCGUUUUCUGAUCUGUGUGCUAUAAGCGAUUCAUCCUCAUGGACAAACGGGAAACUUAUGAACGUUUUUCAGUGUAACUUUAAGACAACUGGACGAAUAAUAAGGCCAUCCAGUUUUACCAAAGGUAUCAUUUAUGAAUGUUUGAGUGUGACAGACUUUAUAUUCCAGCAGAAAAUGUUGACAGGUAUACCUCACAAAACACUUUGUAGUCUGCUAUUUCGUUAACUGGUACGUGCCAUAUCAAAAGUUGAUCCCAUGCAAUGCUGAAAAUAUCAUAAAACUAAGUCUCGCUGCAUUUGAAACUCAACCACAAACAUUGGAGGAUUUCAAAUUUGACAUGUUGGAUCCCCAAAGUGGACUCAAAAGUGGCCACGAGGAAGAUUUUGGCCAGCCAAUGUUCUCUUUUGUUUAUACAUGUGUUGCCGUUAGCAAACGUCAAGUGUGUUUGUAGCAUUGAACUGUUUGAAAAUAAUUUUAUGUAUUGAGACAUUUUACUACUUUUAUUUUUGUACUGAAUUUGUAUCCACAUAUUUAAAUGUAAAGUUAUGUUUCGAUUCUUAAGUUAUGUGUAGGUAGAUUAUAUUAUUAUUGACUGAAUUGUUAAGCUCUAAUAUUGUGCAUAAAAUCCUUCUUUAAGAUCCGACUUA